AUGAGCACUCUUUCGCGAAUAGCAUGCAAAAGAAAAGUCCUGAAAGGAAUAUGAAAAAGGCGAAAGCAAAUCCGAGAGGAAUUUUUCAAGCAAGUUCAGUUUUUCUUGUAAGAAAAAUACUGUGAAAAAAUCUUAUUGGAAAACGAAAUUAAUAAAAAAAAGGAUUAAUUUAGGUAACGUUGCAAGGAAAAUAAAAGAAAAGAAAUAAGUGGUGAAUAAAAGUGAUUCCUUCGUAUAAAUUUUGCUGCAGUUAAAGAAAUGAAUAAUCUGGAUCACGUAAAGAACUUCUAUCCGGAGAACUAUAAAUUAGAUCUGUCGGAAACUAUGAAGGCAGCACUCUCAAAGGGCCCAGGAGGAGUAGGAGUUGGUGUCAAUGUAGGUGGGCUUGGUGGUGGGGGUGGUAGUGGGACAGGUGGUGCUGGCGGCAGUGGCGGGGCACAUGGAAUGGGGGCGCCAGUCUCCCAUAGUGAAAUACAGGGAGCUAGCGGUACUGGUAUCCCUGGUGUUGGAUACGUAACAGAAAAACUGUAUAUGUUAUUGCAGCUAUACUUGCAAAAUAAAGGAUGGAAUCCCAGUGCUGAAUUAUUGCAAUGUUUCACAGAUCUAAAGGAUAACGCUAUGCUUCCUAGCGCAGCCUAUUUGCAAAUUCUAGCUAAUCGUCUGACCCUGGACGCCCAGGGACGUUUAAUACUGCGUGAAAAUGGCAAAAUUGUUCUUCCAUUUGAGCAUUUCGCUAACGCCGUAAUGCUGAAACACAUGUCUGGGCCCCAUGGAUUACAUUUAAGUGUUGAAGCUACUGUGCGCGCGGUAAUCGAAUCUUAUACUAUUGGUCGGGAAAAUUUCGGAAUGGAGAAGGAAUUUAUUAUUGAAGUGGUACAGUCUUGUCCCAGCCCGGCAUGUCGAUAUUAUAAGAACCAUCUUGGUAUGUCACCGUUACCAUUUAUGGAGCAACAAUUUCCGGGUGUGAAUCCCGCAGACUUCCUACAGCAUUUGCCACACUUACCACCACCACCGCCACCGUCUCAUCAAAUGGUCGCUGGCUCUGCUAACAGUGGAGUGUCGUCAACGGGAUCUGCUAGCUCUGGUGGGAGUAGUAGUAAUGUUGGUCCCACUGGCAGUUCCGUCGGUGCUGGCGGAGAAGUCGACUUAACCAAAAGUUCAUCAGCAUCACAUGCACCAACACCAAAAGUGCCAGUGGUGCCAACACAGUUACAAAUGCUCACAAAACAGCAGCAAAAUAGUAUUCAAUCUCAGUUGUCACAACUUAGUGCUGCUGCGGCUGCCGCAGCCCACCACCAGCAACAACAACAGCAAGCAGCUGCUGCGGCUGCAGCUGCAGCUGCCGCUAAACAACAGCAACAACAACAAGCCCAGGCACAGGCCCAAGCACAGGCAGCAGCUGUAGCUCAGCAACAACAGCAACAACAAUUGACGGCAGCACUCUUGCAGCAGCAACAGAGUCGUGCAUUGGCACAGCAAAGUUUGGAAAAAUUCAAUAAUUUGACCGCUUUAGAGAAACAGCGAGUGUUACAACAGUUAGACCCCAAGCAUUUCGAUCCAAUGGCCGUAGCUGCAGCAGCAGCUAAUCUGCAAAUGCAGGGCAUUAAUGAUUUUAGGGUAGCCGCAAUUGCCGCAGCAGCUGCACAAGCUGCUGGAAAUUCUACUAUGGUGCCACCGUCUUCCACUGCUGCAUGCGGAUCUUCAAUUACCGUCAGCAGUGGCAUUAAUAGCAGUAAUAAUAAUAUGAUUGGAAGUGGAAGUAGCAACAGUGGUAUGGGAAGCAGUAGUGGCAAUUUAAGUAGCGCAGCUGUUUUGCCUUCAUCUGUUGGGAUCAUGAGCACCAGUGGCAGCAGUAGUAGUUCAGUACACAAUUCUGUUAGUAGCUCAAGUAACAGUAACAUCAUUGGUAUAAGUGGCAGCGCCAGCAAUAGCAACAGUCAUCAUAAUCAUCAAUUGCCACCGCCAUCACAAUCGCCUAGCGCUCACUCCAGUCACUCUUCGUCAUCGUCUUCAUCGCAUUCAACAGAACAAAUUGUGCAGAAAAAUGUAGAGCUAUUGCGCUCCAAUUUGGAAUCGAUCGAAUCUAAUAAAGAUUUGCUGGCAUUGCAUAAUGGCGCUUGGACUGUGCCAGAUAGUAAUCGUGAACCUUUACCAGUGGGUCAAGAUAAAAUAGUACGUAUUUUUGCUGAGCUCAUGCGUAAUAUGGCACGUAUGAAGACUUAUAUACGUCCAUCAAUGUGUAAACCAUAUGGCAAACAGAGCGAAAGCUUACAAAAAACACUUCUGGAUACAAUUCAAAUUGUGCAAACUCUACGUAAUUGCUUACCAGCACCACAUAUCCCGGUAUCAUCGUGGAAAAGCGAAAGCGAGGGCAGCGCUGGAUUAAUAACUUCUAACAGUGGCGUAGGAGGUAAUACUGGUACUAACGUAAUGGGUGGGGUUGUUGGUAGUGGAUUAAUGGUGACAAAUAGAGUGGAGAAUUUGACCAAUUGAACCAAUUGAAUAUAAGCAAAAAGUUAUAAUUUUCUUAUUCGUCAACUAGUAUGUUUGUAGAAACUUAAAUAAUUUUCUCGAAGAACACCCUCUCUUACAGUUGUCUAAAUUGUGAUAACAAAUCGCAUUCUUGACAACAUUUCAAUAAUUUAAUUUUCAACCGAUCUGAUGCAUUUGAAAUACCGAUUAUUUAUAUCUUCUGGUUACUGUUAUUUGCCCCUAAUUUUCGUUUCGUUUUGGCCAUACCUAAGGCAAAUUCGUUUAAGAUGGUAGCAGUUCUAAAAACACCAAAUUGUUCAUGUAUUUGGACUUCGAAUUUUAAUUUGGUUGUUGAAUGUCAAAAUCAGCUGAUUACUCUUUAUGAAUUUCGAUCAGAAUGUAAACAAAAACAGAUCACUUUAGACAUUGAAACCACCAAAAUGAAAGAAAAACCAAGUCAGCUAUUUUAGUAACACUACCUUAUAUUGCGUGCAUGUGCAGCCCUCAACUCUUUCAUUAAAAAAAAGAACACACAUACAAUUUUCAAGCUAAAUGCAAGUAAAUGCCGCAUUAUUUCAGCAUUUAGAUGAAUGUGAUAGCAAUUUUCCAAAAAACGGGUAGUUCAACAAGGUUCAUUUAAUACCAUUGCCUCUAUAUUUUUUGGCAGUUUGGUUUCAAGUUAUUUUAACGUAAUUUAAAUUAAAUGUUUGGUUUAUAUUUUGGGUAUUUUAAAUUUUUGGUGUGAAGCUAUAAUGACAAGAGCAAUUCUUGCACCCCGGAUACAGAGGAGCUUUUUAUUUCAAUAUAAGGGGUGGUUAAGUUUCAAGGACCAGUGUUGAUUUUGAAUGAAAUACAAUUUUUUUAGGAAGUUAUUGUAAUUUCUCUUCAUUAUGAUAAUAUUAGUAUGGCUCAAUAACGUAUGGUACAAAAUAUCGGCCAAAUGGCCGCCGCGGACUCGGCGGCACACCUCCAUCCAAUGGUCCAAAUUUUCGAUGACGCUGUGGCAUAAUUGAGGCUCUAUGCCGUUAAUGUGCCGAAUUAUCUCAUCCUUUAACUCGUGAAUUAUUGCUGGCUUAUCGACGUACACCUUUUCUUUCAAAUAACCCCAAAGAAAGAAGUCCAACGGUGUCAAAUCACAUGAUCUUGGCGGCCAAUUGACAUCGCCGCGAUGUGAGAUUAUUCGGCCAUCAAAUUUUUCGCGCAAAAGAGCCAUUGUUUCGUUAGCUGUGUGACAAGUGGCAGCGUUUUGUUGAAACCACGUAUCGUCCAAAUCCAUAUCUUUCAAUUCGGCCCAUAAAAAGUUCGUUAUCAUCUCACGAUAGCGAACACUAUUCACAGUAACUGUCUGUGAAAGAAUACGGCCCAAUGAUGCCGCCGACCCAUAAACUGCACAAAACAGUCACUCGGUUGGUUUUUCGGCAAUCACUCUUGGAUUAUCAUUCGCCCAAAUGCGGCAAUUCUGCUUAUUGACGAAUCCACUGAGGUGAAAAUGUUUCUCAUCACUGAAGAUAAUUUUCUUCACGAAGCGCGCGAUAUGCAUUUUGAUUUGAACGUCCGUUUUAUAAUAAGCCUGAAUAUCUUUAACGCGUUGCUCGAUUGUGUAUCUUUCCAUGGUUCAAAUUGAGUUACAUAGUCUGAAAUUGGAAAAUGUCAAAUGAAAUGCAGAAAAAAACUUGACAUUUAGGUGCGGUUCACAUUCAACAUCGGCCCUUGAAAUUUAACCACCCUUUAUUAAGGAAUGAGUUAAUACCAAAAUAACAUUUUUAUCGCUUUUGUGAAAUAUCAGUGUUAUUAAAAUUGUUCGCAAAAUUCGCAAAUCGAGGUGUUUUUCCACAACUACGGUAAAAUUGAGAACUAUAGAUAUCUUCUUCUUCUUGAUUGGUGCGAUAACCGCUUAUGCGAUUUUGUCCGAGUUUAACAAAGUGCGCCAGUCAUUUCUUUCUCGUGCUAAUCGCAGGCAGUUGGACACACUUAGUGAAGCCAAACCUUUAUCCACCUGAUCUUUCCAACGCAGAGGAGGCCUUCCUCUCCCUUUGCUACCACCAGCUGGUACAACUAGCCCUGUCUAGUGCACCGUGCCCCGCAUCGAACGCUUUCAGAGCCGUAGCGUUUGUAUGCACUCGGAUGGCAUGACCCAGCUAACGGAGUGGUUGAUUCUCUAUACUCGCCGUCGCCAACGUGCAAAGGCCCUAAAAUCAUUCUUCUCUCAAACAUUGUCAUCGUCCAAGCUUCUACGCCACACGUUAGGGCGGGCAUGAUGAGAGUUCUGUAGAGUGUUAGUUUUGUUCGUCGAGAGAGGACUUUACUGCUCAGUUGCCUACUUAGUCCAAAGUAGAACUUAUUGGCAAAAGAUAUUCGUCGUUGGUUGUCACGGCUGACAUUGUUAUCGGUGUUAAUGCUGGUUUCAAAAUAGUCUCGAAAUCAUAACUGUCAACAGUGACGUGGGCGCCUGUUUGUUUAAUAUAGGAGGAACUUCGUUUUGUCCCCGUCCACCACCAGAAUCAUUCCCUUUGCUUCUUUUUCCAGUUUGAAAAAGGCAUAACUAACAGCGCGGUUGUUAAGGCCGAACUAUAGAUUUACCAUUAAUAAAAUAAAUAGGUAGUAUUUCACAGCUGUUUCAAAAUGAGGACAAAUAUUUUAUAACAAAAACAUAUGAUUCUGACUGUAAGUAAAUGUACAUUAAUAAAUGCGAUGUCGGAAAAAGCAAUGUACGAAAGUGCCAAUAUCGAAUUUAGGGCUGAGCAUGAGCAAUGUACAUGCCAUCACAUGCAAAAUAAAAUUUAAUUUCAUUAUUGUAGCAAUUUGGUAACCCGAAGGCAGCAGUAGUACGGGAUUUGACCGCCCAUGACUAAAAACAUUCAAUGCUUAAUUUACUUCUCUUUCAACUUUAUUAGUUUAGGUAUUAUCAGAAUAUUUGAAGUAUUGUGAGGCUUCUGAUAUAAUAUUUUGAUUAAAACAAUAUUUGUACUCUACACCGAUGAAAAAAAGACAGGUGGUUCUCAAAAUGAAUAAGAAAUAUAUCACACGACAAAAAAGAAAAGGUAGAAAUGUAGUAAAAAGUAAAAGUCAGUGUCAAAACUUCUGCUGAUUUAGCAAUUGGUGGCAAACCACCAUCCGUGGCAGACGAAGGACUGGCGCAAUUACGUUUUGCUAUUAUUGCAGGUUAAUUUACUACUUAUCCAGGACAUACUAAACGUAUGCCCAAUAUGUGCUAAAACUCACUCAUUGUUAACACCCUCUCCCUUUGAUCCAAUCCCGUUGAAGCAUCACGUUCAGAUCAUCUCAAAUACCAUAUUUGGUAUAGCACCUACCUAGAGAUGGCUUAGUAAGGCUGUUACACUAACAACAGCAUUGGAUAGAGUUAAAUUCAGUGCAUCUUUUACAGAGAUCAAUUUGACUGAAACUGGAAUAUCAUUUACUGCUUCUGAAGCAAAUCUAAUCGCAGAAUCAGUAUAAUCCCCCAUACAAAUUUGUAUAUUAUGAUUCAAGGUUGUAAACUGGGUGUACUUGUUUUGCACUUUUGGGCAUCCAAAAAUAUGCUUGACAGUCUACCUAAGAAAACCGUAUUUGCAAUGUGGUGCAAAGUUAAUCAUCCAAUUUUGUUUUUGAAUAACUUUUACUAAAUAAAAAAAUGUAUAUUAAUGGAAAUUUUUAUUUUGACCUUUACGCGCUCCAUUGCUUGCCUGCUUGUAAACUGCAGCUGUCUAGUGCACAAGUGUCAAAUAUAGUUGACAUAAAACACCACUUGCAAAAAUUAUAAAUCUUCCAAUAGGGUGAUUUUUUGCCACCUUGUUGUUUCCAAAUUUAUUCUCAUCAAAUCCUGUAUUAUUAGUAAACAGCGCUUUAUUUUCAAUGCAAAGUUAACGCAACAUCAACAAGUUCUCUUGUUAUAGUAUUUCGUUCCGUGCUGCAAAUGGUUUUCUUGUAAAUUGAUUUUUUAACCACAUCUACAUUUCGUCCCCUUUCUGUGUUAACGUCGUAACUGCAUUUUUUUCGAAAUUGCGAUGUUUAGUGAAAAACACUCCUUAACACUCCUGUUACGUAAAACAAAACAAACAUAAAAUGUUCAUAAUGAUUAUAGAUUUUUUUCAGAGCGUUUCGACUUUUCUCGUAUCUACAUGUUCGAAUUCAAAAACCUCGUAUCUACUAUAACUAUCGUAUCAAAGAAGUUAUAACUUUUCAUAUAAGUUAAGUAACUCUAAACAUUUUUAUCUAUUUACUGAAAAUUCUGAUUUUGUAGAUACGAGGUUAACACAGAAAGGGGACGAUUUUUCGUUGAGCUGUUGACAAGUUUUUUUUUUUGAAAAGAAAAACAACUUAGCAUAAAAAUAUGCAUGCAGGCAUCUUCAGAAUGUAUUUCAAUAUUUACUUUAUUGAAUGGGUUUAAAUAUAUUUUUAAUAAUUAGCCUUCACUACACUGAACAUUAGAAAUAUAAUAUUACGUCGAGUAAAAAUGUACUACUACUGCUGGCGUCGCCGUUGCCGAAUGGGUUGGUGCGCUACUACCAUUCGGAAUUCACAGGGAGAACGUCGGUUCGAAUCUCGGUGAAAACACCAAAAUUAAGAAAAACAUUUUUCUAAUAGCGGUCGCCCCUCGGCAGGCAAUGGCAAACCUCCGAGUGUAUUUCUGCUAUGAAAAAGCUCCUCAUAAAAAUAUCUGCCGUUCGGAGUCGGCUUGAAACUGUAGGUCCCUCCAUUUGUGGAACAACAUCAAGGCGCACAUCACAAAUACGAGGAGCAGCUUGGCCAAACACCCAGUAAGGGUGCACGCGCCAAUUAUAAAUAAAAAAAAAAAUGUACUAAAAAUUUAUAAAUUGUACGCGGAUAUUCUUUCGCUCAAAAAUGUACAGAAUACCAAUUUUUACAUACCUGUUAUGAUUUUUUUUUGUGUUUUCUUUUUAUAUAAUCCCUUGUAAUUUUGACUACUUUAGGCCGAGUUUUCAAAUGGCUGUUUAAUUAAGAGCAGGCUUUUCAUGGCAUUUUUAUAUUGUAUAAUCACUGAUACUAAAACGACUAAGACUGAAAUUUAAAGAGACUCGGUACUCAGAAAGUGUUUGGUGUAGAGUAUUAUUUUGUAAGUAUUUUUAUUUUAUUUUUUAUUAAAAUUCAUUAGGAAGUAAGUUUACAAGUGUUGAAUUAAGUAAAAGCUUUCGCUAAUAAAAGUUUUCAGAAUUAUUAAAAAAUGUAAAGCAAAAACAACACAAAGUGUGCAACAAGCACAUUUAGGUGCGUUAUUCCGCAAUAGACUUUUGGUAUUAACACUUCAGCAAUUAGAAAUAUCUCUUCCACUCUUUGGGCGACGUACAGUG